AUGGCGUCCAGAAAAGUGAUUCUUCUUGGCCUUUUGAUGUGUCUUUCAUGUGAGCUAAAUCUUGUAACUUUUAACUUAUCACAUUUUCAUAAAUCUCUUAUCACAUCAGGUUUGUGGAUAGCUAAAGCAUUGGAAGGAGAUGCAAAAGUUAGGGAAGACGUGAAAGAUGUAACGAUACAAGCACAAGGUGGUGAAUCUUGCGACAACGAUGACGUUGUGCGAUAA